AAACAAAAAUAUUAUUCUCCUAAACUGUGGACCUCAUCUUCCGUUUCGUUUAUCUUUCAGUCUUACUUAAACCAAGCCAAGUAAUUAUUACUAGAUUCUAGGUCUAGUCUGGCUUUAACAAAAAUCUGAAAUGGUUAUUCGAGUAAAUAUUCCCAGCUUCAGGAAAGUUAAAGAAGGCGACGAGACGUACACAGUUUUUUCUGUAGAUGUCUGGGUUUCUGGCAGGCAUCAUGUUAUAGAGAAAAGAUACUCUGAAUUUGAAGAGCUGCAUAAGCAGCUUAAAAAGAUAAUAAAAACACCAGAAUUUCCCCCAAAAAAAGUUUUAAAGUGGAACACAAAGGUCUUGGAACAGCGGAGAUUGGCGCUAGAUUCUUACUUUCAGGGUGUUGUAGAACAAGAUCCCAUGCCUAACGUCUUACUUCUAUUUUUAGAAACAGAUAUGCUGGAUCAUUCUAUGGAUUUGAUGAAGGUAGAAGAGGAACAAAAAACUUGCCAUCAAGCUGUUAUAUCAUUAGAUGCUUGUGCCUAUUUACAAGAAUCUAAACUUGAUUCGUUACCUGAUAUUGUAAGUGUUGGUGUCUCAAUGGGACUAUACUCGACGUCAAUGCUACAGUGUCACUGAUUAAAACAUUAGAAAUAUCAGUUAUAGCGAUCCUUGUGAGUAGAAGUUCACAAGUUUUAAAGUGGUGGAAGAACUUUGCAUUACAUUGUACCACCACAAUUAAUUGCUAGAUAAAUUACUCUGCAAAUGUUUGAAGUAAAUAAUCAUCAAUUGCUUGUUGUGUGAAUACUGGGAAAAGACUAUAUGUCACACUAUCACUCUAGUUAUAACUUAUAUUGUAAUGAAAAUUUAUUCAAUUUUUAACUGUAAAUAAAAAUAAAUGACUUCUA